AUGCUACUUUCUCCUCCUCACCAAAGCCCGAACCCGAAUCCAAUCUGGGACGAGCAACGUUGGAUCAUCUACAUUCGUCAAGCACUAGACCACGAAGAUGAUUUCGACCAAGAAUCCCACAUCCCUGUCUCAAUCUUCAACGUCCCAAAAUUCCUUAUGUGCACCAGCCCGGAAUCCUACGUGCCACAGCUAGUAGCGUUAGGCCCGUACCACCACUCUCGGCCCGAACUAUACGAGAUGGAAAUGCACAAGCUCUCCACAGCCAAAAGAUCGCAAAAAGCUUCCCCGGGCCUCAAAUUGCACAACCUCGUCGACCAAUUAUCCCUGGCCGAGCACAUGUUUCGGGCCUCUUAUCACAAGUUUCUCAAUCUCAACGGCGAAACCUUAGCUUGGAUGAUGGCCGUGGACUCUUGCUUCUUGCUGGAUUUUCUCCAGAGAAAAUCAGGAAGCCCGACACUUAAUUCGGGCCGUAAAACGGGCCUUCAUGAUGCUAUCCUUACAGAUAUUGUCAUGUUGGAGAAUCAAAUCCCACUAUUUUCAUUGAAGAAAACGCUGGAAUUCAUCUCGGGCUCAACGGAUAGUGCGGAUGAUCGUCUCUACGCCAUGUAG